UGGCCGCCCUUUUCGCAACGGGGUUGGGGCGCCAGCGGAGCUUCUCCGGCGAGCGCGCUCUGCUGCAGCAAGCGGGGCCAGCCGUUGCCCAGCCGCACAGCUCCGGGGAGCGGAGCAGCCGGGGCCGGCCUCCCACCAUGACGCUCAAAUCCGGCCGGAACGACAGCGUGAGCAGCAUGCGGACGGCGCUCUCGGAUCUCUACCUGGAGCACCUGCUGCAGAACAAGCCCAAGGCCGAGGCAAACCCGUCCCCCUUGAAUGCCAUCACUGAAGAUAUUUACACGAAUGGCUCGGCCAUGCUGGGCAGCCCAGCCCAUGCAAACGGCCACGAAGUGCGGAAAAUGAGGUUCAUCCAGUUUGAGAAGGUCGCAGAGGAGCCCAUGGGCAUCACGCUGAAGCUGAAUGAGAAGCAGAGCUGUAUGGUGGCCAGAAUCCUCCAUGGAGGCAUGAUUCACAGGCAAGGCUCCCUUCAUGUGGGGGACGAGAUCCUAGAGAUCAAUGGGAAAAGCGUCACCAACCACUCUGUAGAUCAGCUGCAGAAGAUGCUGAAAGAAACCAAGGGCACAGUCUCGCUAAAGGUCAUUCCCAAUCAGCAGAGCCGUGUUCCUGCCCUCCAGAUGUUCAUGAGAGCCCAGUUUGACUACGACCCCAAAAAAGACAACCUGAUCCCUUGCAAGGAAGCUGGUCUGAAGUUCCAGACAGGAGACAUCAUUGAGAUCAUCAACAAGGAUGACAGCAACUGGUGGCAGGGCCGGGUGGAGGGUUCCUCCAAUGGGUCAGCUGGACUCAUCCCCUCUCUGGAGCUGCAAGAAUGGCGUGUUGCAAGCGUGACCCAAGGCAACCCCGGGCAGGCCCAGACCUGUAGCCCUUUCGGCAAAAAGAAGAAAUGCAAGGACAAGUAUCUGGCCAAGCACAGUUCAAUUUUUGACCAGCUGGAUGUCGUGUCAUAUGAGGAGGUGGUAAGACUGCCAGCUUUCAAGCGGAAGACGCUGGUGCUAAUAGGGGCCAGCGGGGUUGGCCGAAGCCACAUUAAGAACACCCUGCUCAGCAAGAAUCCCGAGAAGUUUGGAUACCCUCUUCCAUACACCACUCGGCCCCAGAGGAAGAGCGAGGUGGAUGGGAAGGACUACCACUUUGUUUCCACAGAGGAGAUGACUAAAGACAUCUCGGCCAAUGAGUUCCUGGAGUUUGGGAGUUACCAGGGCAACAUGUUUGGCACCAAAUUCGAAUCUGUGCACAAGAUCCAUGAACAAGACAAAAUUGCCAUUCUGGACAUUGAGCCACAGACCUUGAAGAUCAUCCGCACUGCUGAGUUCUCACCUUUCAUCGUAUUCAUUGCUCCCACGGAGAAGGCUGACCAGUCAGAAACUUUGCAGCAGCUGCGAAAGGAUUCAGAGGCAAUCCAGAGCAGAUACGCCCACUACUUUGACCUGUCACUGGUGAACAAUGAUGUGGACGAAACCCUCCAGCUACUCCAGGCGGCCUUUGAGCGUGCAUGCAGCUCAGCCCAGUGGGUUCCCGUUUCUUGGGUGUACUGACCUGCGUUGGAAAUGGCGGCCAUUCCCAGAAACAACUUCAAGUGCAGCACGUCAAAGAGAAGGACCACCAUUGUCUCCUCUUCCCUACUUCAUCCAAUCCCACAGUCCCCCUUUGCCUCUUCCCUCAGAGCAUGGCUUGCUCUGUUACUGCCAAGGCAAAAGUCUUGUCCUUUGGGGGGCCUGCAUGGAACCAUGUAAGCCCACCUAUCUGCAGUUCACAGGUAGUAAGAGGGUAAGGAAAGGCAAGGAAGAGAACAUCUCUCACCAGGCAAGACCACCAAGCAACAUUAAGAGUACAAUUUGGUCUAAAAGCCAUAAGCUGUGGAUGUUAAAUGGGAAGAGGCUUAAUUUUUAACACUGAACGUAUCAAUUUAGGCUUUUUCAUUCCUUUGACAGACCGAGAAGUCUAGUGCAGCUCAUGUUACUGUAACGCAGCCACACAACACCCAUUUCUCCUAUUUCAAGGUAGCACCACCUUUUGCAUUUGGGAGUCAAUUUACAUUAACUGGACUGUGUGAUCGGGGAAUGAGGAGGAGAAAACAAGUCACCCUCCUCUCCUUAGCUGCGUGCGUUGCUACCUCUGGAAAUCUGUGCAGGUUUGGAGGCCUGGUUUCAAAGGCGGAUGAGACUAGGAGUGGUAGGUAUAGGCUUGGGCCACAGCAGACUGACUAGGUUUUAAGCUAGGUUCCGGUAAGUUCUUGUAUGCUCUGCUCAGUGAAGGGCUGAUUGUAGCAUGUUCCUUAUAAGAUGGCUCACUUACUGAAUGCAAAAAAAAGGGGUAUUGUAGCAUCUUAAAAGCUGGGUUUAUUAAAACAAAAGCUCUGGAUAGCCUAAUUUUGUAAGCUAAGCAUAGUCAACCGUGAUUAAUACUUGGAUGGGAAUCCAAGGAAGUUUAAGGUGGUGACACAGAGGCAAGUGAUGGCAAACUAUCUUUUAGUCUCUUGCCUUGAAAACCCUAUGGAGUCACCCUAAGUCAUCUUUGACUUGGUAAAAAAAGGCCUAAUGCUCAGUUUUCCAGAUUGAAGCUUAUCCUUCAAUAAAUGUUAGCCUGUUGCACUGGACUAAGAGCUCCCCUCACAUUUUUGCCUUUACCAAAAAUUUAUGAAUGUACAUCUUACUCCAUCCUCCCCGUCAUCCCCCAGCCACACAGCCCUGGAGGGCAAGCAUUACUGAAUGAUUUACAUUUAACUUACGGUGGUGGUUCCUUUUUCAGAGGGAAACCAUCUUAAAGUUUAUUCUCUUGCCAUGUUCUUCUCAAGGAUGCCAAAAUGAAAAGCCAGAUAUGUGCAAUAGGGACCUUUGGUCAAGUCCACCACAGGGAAAAACAACAAGCAGCAAUAAAGCAUCUCAAAAGUA